CAUAAUAGUUCGCUAUGUGUCGGAAUGUAUCCUCUGGGAUCUGUUCAACCUGAUCAGCGCAUCAACACAAUCCACCAGAGGAGAAGAAGACGCGGAGAAGACAACAUGAUGGGCGGUGAGGCGCAGCAGAAAAAACGAGGAAGAAAAGCUUCCGGACGCGGAGAUCUGCGCACCUCCGAGGUCCAACUUCUCAUCAUCCACUCACUAUCGAAACCCGCAAUUCGAAACUUUGAUUGAUACCAUGAUGUCCCCUUCGGUAUGGAGGGGCUUGCGCCACGCCGCUCGUCGAGGAGGCAGCAUCUCCACCCCCUACCGCUGCUUUUCCUGCACUCGAGCUGCCCGGGUGGAGAACAACAAGACGAACGAUGGGGGAAUGACCCAUUUUGGGUUUACCAAUGUUCGGGAAUCGGAGAAGGAGUCGAUGGUCGGCGCCGUGUUCAGCUCCGUCGCCUCAUCGUAUGACAACAUGAACGACUUCAUGUCCCUCGGGAUCCACCGACUCUGGAAAGACCACUUCGUGCGCUCGUUGAACCCCGGAUCCGCGCUCCCCUCUCGCGAUGGCACCGACCCCGCCAACCGCGGCUGGAACAUCCUCGACAUCGCCGGCGGGACUGGCGACAUCGCCUUUCGCAUGCUGGACCACGCGACCAACAUCAACCACGACCGCGACACCCGCGUCACCAUCUCCGACAUCAACCCGGACAUGCUCGCCGAGGGCAAGAAGCGCAGCAUCCAGACCCCCUACUACAACACCUCCCGUCUGUCCUUCCUCGAGGCCAACGCCCAGGAGAUGCCCUCCGUCCCGGAUAACUCGGUCGAUCUCUACACGGUGGUGUUUGGCAUCCGCAACUUCACGGAUAAGCAGGCUGCGCUGAAUGAGGCAUUCCGUGUGCUGAAGCCUGGUGGUGUCUUUGCUUGUAUGGAGUUCAGCAAGGUCGACAAUGCUAUCCUCAAUGCCCUGUACAAGCAGUGGAGCUUCAGCGCUAUCCCGUUGAUCGGGCAGCUGGUUGCUGGUGAUCGCGGCAGCUACCAGUACCUCGUGGAGAGUAUCGAGCAGUUCCCCAGCCAGGAGGAGUUCCGGGCGAUGAUCCACAAGGCUGGGUUUAUGAUUCCGGGACGGGGGUUCGAGAAUUUGACGGGGGGAAUUGCUGCUAUCCAUAAGGGUGUUAAGCCGUUGUCAUGAGAAGUGUGUCAUUGAUGUAUAAUAAUUGUGUAUAAUAUACCACGUACCGUUAUGUUGGAUGUCAACAUCUGCCACUCGCCAGAUGUGUUCUGGUCAAGUGGUCCAGAUAUAUUGCUAACGACUGUCGUUGCAACGCUGUGUGUAUGGUUAUAGAGUAUCA